AACGUUCUUUUUUUCUCAGAACGUGAAGAAUUUGUUGAUGAACUUACAUUUAUGCGUAGUGUUUUUCGAUAUUUUAUUUGUAUAACGCUUGUUGAAAUUAGAAAAUAGCCAUCAACGCUGAUUUAACGACUGAUUGUUCAAUGUUGCAUAAUUACGUGAGUACCAUUUUACUGCUUCUGUAGUAGUUUUCUUUUCGCGUUCAACUGAUACAAACAUCUGAAAUCUACCAAAGAUCGUUGAUAAUUCGCGACGCAUGCGGUGACCAGCUAGUGUUUGAUAUAAUAAUAUAAUCAUGAGAAAAGCAUUCGCAACGCCGAUGAGAACGCCAUGUCGGCCAAAGACGACAGAAAGUAAAGAUGCUAACAAGGAAUCUCUUCAAGUAUACUGUCGCAUAAGGCCACUAUCACAAACAGAGCCGUCAUGUAUAAAAGUAAUCUCAGAUACUUCGGUUCAACUAACGUUACAAGAUACGAAUAAAUCAGGAAAGCAAUAUACGUUCAAAAAAGUAUUCACCGAAAGCAGUACGCAGAAGGAAGUAUUCGACGAAGUAGCAUUACCUUUAGUCGAGCAGUUAAUCAACGGUAAAAAUGGACUACUUUUUACCUACGGUGUCACCGGCAGUGGAAAAACAUUCACUAUGACUGGAAGUAAACAAAAUGUCGGUGUGAUGCCGAGAUGUCUAGAUGUAUUGUUCAAUUCAAUUACCGAUUACCAAGCUCAGAAGUUCAUUUUCAAGCCCGAUAAAAUGAACGGUUUUGAAGUACAGACCGAAGACGAAGCCGAUCGUGAUAGAGAAUCGUAUUUGCGGCGAAAUAAUUUGACAAAGUUAAGAAAGAAUAAUUCUCAAGAAGAUUUGCUGUCUGCCCGAAGCAAAGACAGUACAAGAAUUACGGUCAAAGAAGAAGAUAACGCGUACGCUGUAUUCAUAACUUACGUGGAGGUUUACAAUAAUUCUGUUUUCGAUUUAUUAGACACUGCUUUCGAGAACGAAAUUUGCCAGAAACCUCAAUCAAAAAUUGUCCGAGACGAUGGUUCGGGUAAUAUGUACGUUCACGGCGCCACCGAAGUCGAAGUGAAAAGUACCGAAGAAGCUUUUGAAUAUUUUUACAAAGGGGAGAAACGUAAACGAAUGGGUUGUACAACGUUGAACAUCGACUCCAGCCGUAGUCAUUCCGUAUUCACCAUUAAACUUGUUCAAGCUCCUCUGAACGCGUCAGGAGAAACCGUCAUGCAAGAAAAACAUAUGAUCUGUGUAAGUCAACUUUCGCUCGUAGAUUUGGCCGGAAGCGAGCGUACGAAUCGUACAAAGAACACAGGCCAACGAUUAAACGAAGCCGGCAAAAUAAACCAAUCGUUAAUGGUGCUUCGAAAAUGCCUGGAAACCUUACGCAGUAAUCAGCAAUCCGGUGUGCCAAAAAUGGUCUCUUAUCGAGAGCAUAAGAUCACUCUUCUGUUCAAAAACUUCUUCGAAGGCGAUGGUGAUAUCAGAAUGGUCGUAUGCGUUAACCCUAGAAUGGCUGACGCUGACGAAAACGCUUUCGUAAUGCAGUUCGCCGAAGCUACCCAGGAUAUAAUGGUGAAUCCAACACCGUUGAAAACCACCCAACACAUAGGAUUGACUCCCGGUCGGAGAAAAGCUAAUGUCGAAUACAGGAGAGUUUUACAAAUGCUCGAAGAAGCGAAAGAAAACGAUCCUGUAACACACGUGCCUUUCGAUGCUAACGUUAUAUACAAUUUCGGACCGUGUCCUCAAAUAGAAUCAUUCUCUAACGAUCAAGAUUACAACAAAGCGUUGAUUAAUUACCUGGAAGAAACGCUACGAAAAAAAGAAUUGUAUAAAGCGGAUAUUGAUAAAAGAAGAGAUAAAUUCAGAGCUUCGUUGGUACAGUUCCAGGAAGAGCAGUUGCUGAAUAAACGAGAUAAAGAUGCUUCCAAUGCCAGAUUGGAACAUGAAACGUACAAGAUUAAAGCGCUCGAAGAGAAAUUAGUUAAAAUGGAUUCAGAAUUAUCGAGUUAUAAAAAGAAGUACGAUGAAGUCAACGAAGAUAACAAACGAACCAAAAAAGAAUUACGAGUAAUCGAAGAGACGAAUUACGAAUUGAAAAGAAAAUGUAAUCUGGCCGCCCAUGAAAACAAAAAGCUACGAAAAGAAGCUUCUAAUCACGCUAUUAUAUCGAAUAAUGAAAAUGAAAUCCCUCAAACUCCGGAAUCCACUACUCCGUGUCCUCAACAAACGUUGACUUCACCGAACAAAUCCGCACAUUCUGUGGUUGUGAGCAACCUUCGCCAUAAUAAAAUACACAUCGAUCCUCGCGAUCAAUGGCUCGAUCACCAGGCAAAGCUAGCUGUACCUAUGAACACGGUUUUACAACCGUCUUUCCGUAAACGUAAAUCAUUCGAUAACGUAACCAGUCCCAAAGAAGUGAGAAAAACCACGAAAUAUUGUUUAAUGACUCAAAGUCAAGACGAAGCUGGUGAUCUUGAAACACAGCUAUACAAAGGCGAUGUAGUACCAACUGUCGGAGGCGGAGCUCAGAUCAUUUUCAACGACGUCGAAACAUUGAAACAAUCGUCCCCUCUGGCUUCGCCUACGUCUCCAAAGCAGAGAACAGGACCAUUGUAUCCGGAUAUCGAAACGAAAUGCUCGGUCGCAAUGGAAGGACAUUCGUACAGGAAGAAAUGCUGAGCAAUUAAAUAAUAUUACGUGAACCUCGCUUCGGGUUUAAAAUGAACGAUUAUUGUUGAUAUUAUGAUUCUAGUUUACUUGUACUUUUUAUACCCUUUAUUCCAUUUUUAUUUUUGUAUGUUUUUUUAACACUAACAAAUUUUUUUAUUAUCGCUGUACUUAAUUAUUAUUUUAAGAUUAAUCUUUCAUCACAUUCCGUCGUGAAUUUCGUAUAUGUACUUAAUGGUGUAUUUUGAUUAAAUGAACGUUCUGUUAAGA